GGGAUUUUACUUAUAUUACAGCCCCGCUCGAAACUGCUUGUCAAAUUUUGUCAUUAGAGCGGUUAGGCCCAGAUUCCAUCUCUGCCAUGCUCAUUUGCCAUGACUCGUAAAUUUUGUACAGACAAACGAAAAAAUCAAAUGCCAGGAUAAAAAGCUACUUUUAUUAGAAGUUUGGCUUUCCCUGUUAAAUAACCAAUUAUAACUGAAUUUAUGAACUGCGAUUUCGUGAUUGGAUAAAGCUCUUUAGAAAAGUAUGUUUCCAGAGGACUAAAACGCCGAUAUCCAACAUUCCAGCUUCAAAAAGACAUUUUAUAAAAGCAAAAAUAGUGUUCUAAGUAUUUCAACGUUCGUUUGGCCCUAGAUAUUGCUUCGUUUAAAGGUCUGUCUCUGGCUGGCAGCGAAGUCUCGUUGUUUAUAAUGGAUGGAUAGGUAAUAGUUCUUUAUUUCAAUGUUUUCCUAUCCUUCAGAAUCAAAUUCUACAUUGACUUUACUCUUGUCGAUCGAAAACAGUCUUCCAAAUUUGUAUCAUUUAGUUUAUACCAACUGAGCUUGUGCUUUCUGUUUGUGUUAACAAUUUGAUACAAAACACAAGAGCGAAGGAAGUUUAUAAUUCGUGUCAAAACACCUCACAUAAAUGGGCCAUUUAAAUACCAUUGACUGAUGCCUUACUUUGUACUAGAUGAAACUAAAUGCUUGUUUCUUUGUUACAAAUUAUACAUUUAAAAUUUGUCGCUUGUACUUUUUCGAAUGCCCUUUUAUUUAUACAAGACACGGGACAGUAAACAAUGAUAAAACGCCCUGUUGGACAUUAAAUAAUUAGUUGAUGGAAGUUCGUUGUUAUAAACCCGGAGGGCUUCAAAUUGCCCAUACCCAAAAUAUCAAACAGGUAAGGUUAUGUCAAAUAGAACAGGAUUUCCCUACAGAUUUUGUCUGUUUCUUGCCAUGCUUUUGUCAAAAUCUGUGAAGCUAAGCCACACAUUUAUAAGCCGUUGAUUCAGUGAGAAGACCUCUCGUGUGCUGUACGGGGAAGACCCUAUUUUCCUACUAUGUACUAAAUUAAAAACUUUGUUUAUUGUGUUAACGAAACGUUUUACCAAUAACUCAUCACUUCAGCGCAAAUGCAAUCCUCGCAGUGAAAGUCGAUAAACGUCAAUGUUUUGAAAUUGACCGUUGCGAUCUCAGUUUUAGUUUGGGAGUUGUUAUGCGACCCUGGUUAGUGUUUGACGAGUGAUUACCUAGUUAUUCCUGCAACUGUUCCCUAUCAUAAUAACACAACCUGUAUUACAUGUAUAGCUUCCCCAUCCCUUGUUAACUGCCCUGAUGUUGUUUUGGUAGAAAAUUAUUUGUAAUUCUGAAAAGUUUCAUUUGCCAAACUAUACAGAUCUGCUGUGAUAGCUAUCGUGCCUCAGUUCCUAGCGAGUUUCUCCAGUCGAUUUUGCUUAUUUUAUGUGGGUGCGGUUGGACUUGCAAUUUCCUUUUCUUUGCAUUGGUUAAGAAAAUAUUAUGACUUCAGGGAUAAUCCCUGAUUUUUCCUGCUUUGCUAUUAACUGGGACGAUUUCCUUGCGUAUUGAUGCGAGAGACGGAAACACAACACCAAUGAAAAUUGCAUGCACACUUGGUCAAACUUAGAGCUUAUGACUUGUUUUGUCUUGUGUUUUGUGCCAACUUUGCCAGCUUUAAUAAGCUUUAGAACCCUUUAUUUCUUCUGAUCAGAAGAUUUUGAUCCAAGUGAAUGGUCCAGGUUAAACUCACCUUAUUUUUGCCAACAUCCAAAUCUUGUUACAAAAAGCUUUUCCAAAAGUGAAAAGUAAAUCCUUAUCUGACAGGCCACAUUGAUGCUUAUGCCAUUAGCAGAUGGCAUCAUCAAACAGGGUUAAAAUCUGAAAACAUUUCCCCUUAUAUAAUUUGUUAUGUUAAGCUUUAAUAACCAAGAGCAUGCAAUUUCUUUUUACAGAGUUUUGCUGUCUUUCAUUUUGGGGUUUAGUCUUGCCAGAUUGUAGAAACAUGUGUAUAUGGUUGUAUAAAAAUAUUCAAUCUAGCUCAAGGCAAAGAUUCAAAUCAGAGACAGUUCUUUGAAAUGCUAUCCAAGGGUGAGCAUAUUUCAUCAACUUUAGUCUGGGAUAGAUAAACUAUGAUGGCUAGGAAGAGCCUGGUCUUGGUUUAGUAUUUCCAAUAGGUCUUGGGAAGAUUGGGGAAUGGAAAGUUUAGGAAGAGAUUUUAAUAAUAGGAAAAAUGUUGUUAACAUUGCCAUAGCCUAGUGUUUUAAUUUUACAUCCAAUCUGAUUCUAAUUUUGGCCAAUUGAUAGUUUGAUAUUCAUUUAUAAGCUGGAUAUUCAUAACUUCACUAGUAGCCUUUCUGCAUCUUGUUUUUUUAAGUUUGUUUGUGUGACACAUCAAUGGAGUAUAGAUCAUCCCCAUUUUAUUAACAAUAAACUAUGUGAUAGUUGCAAUUUGAACUAAAUUUGCAAAACAUCUUUAAGUGGCAGCUUUAGUCUAUUCUGCAAUAUAUUUAUGUAUAAAUGCUUUAAUUUUAUCCUGUAAAUUGUCCAUAUAAAUGUAUCCUGCAAAUGUUAAUUGCACUAGGUUAAAUCCAGGCUUAUUUGCAAAUAAAAAAGAGAUUUAAAUUUUUAACAGUUUUUUAAGCCAUAUUUAAAUGCAAAUACAAGAAGUAUUUACAUGUUUUUAGGACCUUACUUUAAGAAAAUAAUAGCCAUAUAAACAGAUAGCCACAAUUUUGUGUCAAAUUUUCUAAUUGCCACCAUAGUUACAAUGAUGCUUUCUACACAUAAAGUGGAUCUGUUAAUGGUUGGCAAAGAUCUACAAACCAAUUAAUAGCUUUCAAUACGCUUUUUAAAAAUAAUCUCUAUGGUUGAAUAUGUUUUGUGUGUUACAAAAAAAUAUUUUGUGAAGUAUAAUUAAUGUUUUGGAUUUAUAAGGCAUGUUUCCUUGAUACUUAGCAAUGCCAGAAUUGAACUGUGAAUAGAGUUUUUUUAUCAAAAACUUCUCAUUUGAAAAAUUUAACCUGACAUUGAUUAGAGAUGUUUCCAGUGUAACAUGCAAAAAACAUGGGGGCAUAAUCAUGAACAUACAUCAUUAAACAGAGAGCCUCAAAUGAAAAAUUUUAAGUAGGGGCUAAAGGGGGGUCUAAUAGAACUAAUUAAAAAAGAAUCACCUUGCAUUAAGGUGGGCCCCAACCUUAGACUGCUAGCCUGACUCUUCCAUCUCUUCUAUCCCAAAUUAUAAAACUGAUCCAAAUUAAUGAGUUGACUGGGGAAGUUUAUGACAAAUUGAUAAAUUUUUAGGUUUGACUUCAUAUGUUGAAAUCACUCAUCCAUCAUGUCCCUAUUGAAAAUAACCCGGUUGGUUAAUUGCUCCUAUUCAGGUUAAUUAAAUCUGCUAUAUCACCCCCACAACCACAUUCGAAAGUUUUUACUUCGAAAGCAUUUGCUUUCACUCAAACCAGCCAGUUAGAGUUCUCAAGGAUAUUGACUCUAUAUGGGCUGUUUGUAAAAACUAACAAUGUCACAGUUAACAUCCCAUGUUGACAGAUUGUCAGUUGUCACAGUGUUAUCACUGUCUUCUCAUCGAUACUGUCAAUUUGAGCCGACAUCCUGUUUAUUCAAGUGAAGAAUAGCGUUAUAAUUGAAUGGGAAUGCAAAGUGACAGAUUUGCUUGUAAAGGCCAGUCCUUGUUGCAGCUUUUCGCUGUAUGCUAAGGCAUAGUUUGUAUAUUUAGCAUGUUUAGCAUAUUUUGCAUAUUUAGUAUGUUUACAGUCCUAUAAACCUCUGUCCAUGCUUUAUUCAUUUUCUUAGUUAGGCCAUGCAAAUAUAGGUUAGACUGGUACUGCUUAAAUGUUCCAGUCAAGACAUCGUCCCAUUGCAGGUGGCUGCUUACUGCCAGUGUUGCCUAUAUCUAACCAACAAAUAUUAAGUGGAUAGUUUGAUGUAUUUAGUUUAACCGUCAAAUCGAAAUAUAAUUUGAUUUUGUUGCUGGCUUCCUAACAAAAUAGAUAACGUCAACUAUCAAAGCUAUAAUUGUAUCUUUUUUCUACAGGCCCCAGAAAGGCUCGCGUGUGUAUGUUAUGCUAUUUCUAAUCGGUUCCGCUUUAAAUUACUCUUUUUUGUAUCAUCGAUAAUAAAAAAUUCUGGAGCAAUUGUAGCUUUGUAAAAAUUCCCGUAAGACAACUGUCACAGAACUUUUACAGAAUUAGCUAUAUGUGCGUGAAAGUUUUCCUUAUAUACAGAGACGGCGUGCACGAAAUUGAACUUGGGGGGGGGGGGGCUGAGAAUCAAGUUUAGUGACGUAUGAGGACCCACGGGCUGGGUCCGACGUGCAAGUAAAUUUUUGAAAUUCAGCCUUCUAGAAUGGCUAAAAAUGCAUCUCCUAGACAAAAAUUUAACAAAUCACUAUACCGCUCAGAACAGAAAAUUCGACGAUUCUCACAAAAACAUUGAUAAUUGAUUUUUAAGACAAAUUUGGGAGGAGAGGAGUCAUGCUGAAACGCUAGUGACAGACGUUGGGAAAAGAAGAAAGGGCGACCUUUCGUUCAAAGUGUACUUCGAUGUGAAUAACAAGAAGCUGUUGCAUGGAUUGAGAGAAUUUUAAUUCCUGAACAGAAAUGUGCAUCAACUUGAUCUCGAGUAUUUUCAGUAGGCUAUAUUUACACAUCCAAAAUGCAGAAAUUGCAAUGAUACAGAAAGUUAUCUACUAAAUUAAUGCAAAUAAUAGACAAAUUAUAGAAAUAAACCUAAAUAUAUAAAUAAAAUUCAGUUUGUUAUUUGUUAUACUCUUUUUAAAAAAAUAGUUAAAAAAGACUGUGGAAAAUAUUUUAGUUUUGAAAAAGUGGAGGGGGGCUGAAGCUCCCCCAGCCCCCCCCAGUGGCGCCGUACCUGUUAUAGGCUAGUAAGUAAAAAUUGCUUGUUUAUUUGAAGAAAGUAUCUUUAUUUCUGGUAGGAAUAGUCUCGUGGUCUUUUGAAAUUAACAGACUGAUCACAGUCAUUGAUCAAGUUUGGCUGUUAGGAUGAUUUCCUGUUCUGUUUGAUAAUAAUUUUCUCCAGCGACAAUGCUUGUUUGAAUUAAUAACUGCAUACAUUCAUUGUACCGAGCUUCUUCAAAACAAAUUCACGUUUCCUAUUUUCUACUCCCCCAUUCAUCUAUUUUUAAUGAGCUAGACUUGAUUGCUGAUAUCACAUGUUCAAUUGGCAAUUGAUAUUGAAAGCUCAUAAAAAUUUCACCGUUGGUACGCCGUUAAGCAUUGGUCGCCCUUGUCGGCCAAAGUAGGCGAAUUCUUGGUUUGGGAUGAGGAUUUUUUGUCAUGGUUCUCCAAAGAUCUAGAUGAUGUUUGUCAGAAUUCUACCGGUCAACGCCAAUCGGUUGAUUCGCUGAUUGGGAGUGGUGAGAAGAAAUUUUACGUCACGCUCGACUUCUUUUGGAUAUCGGUUCGUUGUUUGCACGGCAGAUGUCUUUGGUUAGCCACAUUAUAAUUGCAGUUUGACCUUAGGAGAAAAUGGUGACGAGUUCAAUUGGAUGUUCUUGUGGUGUAUUAUUUAGCUCAAAAAAGAUGGCUGUUGCAGUGCUAAUCGUAUUAAAUUUGGUGUUGAUUUUUGAGGAAACGUUUGCAGUUCCUGAUUACAAAAAGUUGCACGAGAACUUAUCUUUGCGAGAGAAUUCAGAGAAAGAAAAAUCAAAGAUAUUACGUCAUCAAGAUGGUACACUAUUGACAGCAGAAGUGGGGAAAGUUUUCAAGUAUUCUCUGCAGGACUUCAUAUUAGAUGGUCAAGGAAAUACCCCCACUAGUGUACACAUUUAUGAGCAUGGCAAAACCGGUCUACCCCGAUGGCUCUCUUACAACGAAAAGAAACGAAAACUAGUCGGUGUUCCAACACGGGCAGAUGUAGGUAGAAUUAAAAUUGUCCUUAAAACAGGCACAAAAAAUCAUAAAAAGAAGUUCAAGUUUGAGGUAAAUGUCAAAGAUGCCAGAGACACCUUUGUAUGUCACCACGGAAACCCGGCAUUUGUCGCAGCAGCCUUGCUUAGCAUCGACUUCCAAAGUUUUAACGGCCUUGCAAGGGUAAAGCUUUUGCGAAAGUUUGCUGAUUACGUAGAUAUUGGUCUUCACGAAGUGAUUGUGGAGGAGAAAAAACCUAGCAAUGUUCUCGAUUUCACAAUGGAAACAGCGGGACCAGGAGACGGCAUCAUCACCAAAGCUCCAGGCCUAAUUGUUAAAUGGAAAGUGAAUUGCAAGCUUGGUGUUGCAGGUGACCGUUCGGUAAACCUUCUGAAAAUGUCAUCUGGUAACAAGCGCAUUUUCAACAGCACUGGCGUACCUUUCCUUGGAUGGUACGUCUACAGGCAUCAAAAGAGAUACCGUCGGCAAGCGGCUCGGGGUACUACUCCAUUAGCAACUCCUGCCGCUACUCCAUCAGCAACAAAGCCUGUUGCAGUGGUUACAUCAAUGAUAAGCGGCACUCCAGUUAUCAGCGCAACCCCGACCCUUGUGAUCAAGUCGACAAGCACCGUAGCUGUUACCCCAACUAAAACAUCUGCGGUUCCGGUGAAGCCGACUCCUACGGUGACCAGCCAACCUCCUACGACUGAAGCAGAAGCUACUACCAAAUUAACAACGACCACUCAGCCUCCCACAACUACUGAGGAAGCAACUACAAAAAAGAUUAUCGUCACUACUAAAGAAGAAAAGACUACAAUGAAACCCAAAACAACCACCAUGAAGCCAGAAACUACAACUAUGGAACCGGAAACGACUACGAUGAAACCAGAAACGACCACGAUGAAACCAGAAACGACCACGAUGAAACCAGAAACGACCACGAUGAAACCGGUAACUACUCGCGAGAAACCAGAUACAACAACCUCGCCACCGGAUACCACCAUGGCUCGAAAGACAACUAAAAUGGUUCCUAGAACCACUCCACCGGUGAUAAAAAAUCUUGCUCCUGUACUCAAAAAUUCUAUAGACCUUAUUCAAGUUAAUGCCGGACAGGCCUUCAAAGUAAAGAUCGAAAAUGACGUAUUUGAAGAUGAUAAUGAUGGAAACACAUACAACCUUCUUUUAGCGCUGAAGAGGAACGUGCUGCAGAAGUUAAAAGAUGUCGAUGAAUCACAGAUAUUCCUUGAUACUAAAAAUUUUUAUUUGUAUGGGUUGCCUACUUUAGCAGAUGUUGGAGAUAACUCUUACGCUUUACAAGCUACCGAUUCUUUCGGAAAACAGACAAAUGCUGUAUUCACCGUCCGGGUAUUAGAUGAGAACGUGGUUUAUAACGACGUGUUCAAUGUCUCUGUUGAUUUAGAUUUUGCAAAGUUUGUGAAAAGCGCCAAGAACAAAGUAAAGUUGGUGGAAAAGAUUGCAGAGACUACUGAUGUUGGUUUUAAAACCAUCAGAUUGCAAAAGUUUUAUCCAGGUUCGGUUGUAAUGAGCUAUUCAUCGUCAGAGUUCCAAACUGGCGACUGUAACAGUGUAAAGGCCCAGGCUUACAAAGCCAAACUGGAAGGUUCUGCCUUUUUAGAUGCUAUGGCACCCGAUUACAUUGUUCUGGGAACUUCGGCUAAAAAAGCAGGAACCAAUUGUGGGGGCGUGAAUCGAAGGAAAUCGCCAAGAAAGUCUGGCGAUGGUGGUUACAAAUGGUGGGAAGUGGUGCUUAUCCCUGUUAUUGUCAUUGCUGUGCUGUUAUUAGUCAUAGGACUCAUCUUCUUCUUCUUAUACAGAAGGAAGCGUCGUUAUGAGCCGCAAAAGGAAGACAAAAAUACGUUCUUGUAUCAGAAGAAACCAGUCAUCUUUCGCGAAGAGUAUGAAGAUAAACCAGAUCUUGUCAGUCUUGAGCCACUGUUCCUCCCGAACGAAAGGGCACCACUUACCAACACUGCUUAUCAACCACGCACGUCAACCCCUGAUGAAAAUGGCUCGUCUUCUGCAUCCACAGAAGAUGAAGAGAAAGCACUUGUUGAAAACAAGACACCGCAAACGCCACCGCCACAAACACCGCCGCCUAGAUCACCACCAUACGGAAGGUCGCCGCCACCGUAUACAGAACCAUAAGAGACUAGGGUAUUUUCAGAUCAAAUUUCGAAAGAAUGUGACAUGGUGCUAUUAUUUAAUCGUUAAUUCUGCUGCAGCAAUUCGAAAAACCUGUAACCUGCGUUACAUGGGUUACUAACUAGCAGGACAUGUCAAUAUGAAAAUGUAUUUUUAAAGGACACAUCGAGCGGACAACAUUUUUGGAUGCCAAAAUCAGGCUGUUUCAAAAGAACUGUGCUACAGAAGAUAUAAAGCACAGGUAUGAAAUCAGUUGGUCUACAGUAGCUUCAUUAUAAAGGCAUUCCCUUUUUUCUUAUGAAGUAAUCGACUUGGAACGAAUGCGAUAUUCUUAAAACGUGUUAUUCAACAGUGUUAGUACUUUGUUAGUUGUAUAUCAUAAAAAAUUGUUACUGAGGUGAUUACGGAGUUUGCACGACACAUGAUUUGUUGAUAGUAAGUGUUGUUUCGUGGAUAGCUCUGAGUAAUGGCUAUCAAAAACUGAAAGCUAGUUUGUUUCAUACUAGUAGAUCUGGUCAGAGGUUAGUUACCAGUGGUAUGGCAUUCCAUUUCAAAGCCAAGCAAAAACUUUUAGAUAAGGUAUUAGUUUAAGAUAAAUAUCAUUUUGUUCAAGACUAGAUUUCUACCUGUUCAAGUUUGAGGGUAGUGACUUUCGAACACAACACCGUAUAUAGUGAACUUUAGUAUGUCUACAUCUGCUGAUAGUUGAUAUGUGAAUUCAAUUUAAUAUCUAAAUUCAAACCGGUAAAGUAUUCUAAUUACUUUUAAACACAUACUUUCAUGUUUAUAUAAUUAGUUGUGUUUAGUCGUAUUGUCAAGCAAGUUCUUGCCUUCUUUUGGCAAUAUUAUAUCUUUUUGUAAAUUGCUAUCUAUAUGCGAACAAUGUUGAACUUAAAGGAUUGUAAUGAAAAAUUGUUUACACUCUGGCUAUCAAGGAUUUUUCAAACCAACUUGCUUGGGAAGGAAGGACGAUUUGAUCAAUAUUCUGCAACCAGACAUAGCGAUAAAACAGAAUCAAACAUGCGUAGUAGAGAGAGCAGUGUUGGCUGCAGAACCCUAUUGAAACAAAGCUUCUAGGCUUUGUGAAAAUGUUGAAUUUCUGGUCUGGGGAAAUUUAGAAUAUCGUAUCGACUUAUAAUCAAGAUGCUUGAUAAAAAAAUUUGUAUUUUCAACCAUCCCAAUUUCUUAUGCUAACCUUCCUUGGACUGUUUCUCUUUGCAACUAGUUUUCAUUUUGCUUCGAAGUUAUAGACACGUCUCAUUUCCAUCGGCAUGGUUUAAUUUCGUCUCAUCUACUGGCAAUGCUUAUUCUGUCGCCAUUGUUUUAGGUUUUCACCUACGUUUUUCUAUUUCUAUCGUAAUUUAGGGCUGUUUUCUUGGAUUUCUGCCAUCAAUAUUUUCAGACUCUUGUAAUAUACGUUUUCUGUUGUGUUGUGGAUCUUUGAAAAGUGAUUGGAACUUCGAUUGUUACCCGAAAUCCCUGUGAAAACACCCAAGCAAACAUAGUUAUAAUCUCUCUCAAAAGUUCUUCCUUUUCCUUGACCUAAAGCAUUCUGAUUAUUUAAUUCCAACAGGCACCAAAUACUUUGCUUAUUGCCUGCACCGUCUAACAUCGUUUUGAAAAUAUUUAUGUUUUAAAAAUAGUGAUGUUUAGGAUAUAGCUUCUGUAGUUAUUUCUUUAAAUAUAUAUUACGUAUGUUUUCAUGUUCAUAUUAUCUAAAGAAGCUUUCAAUUCAUACUAAUUUUUGAAUACAUAACAAUAUGUUA